GGAAGCCAGAAAAACAGUUGCACAAAGGAAGAAAAGUCAGCAUGUCACUUAGCAAAGGGCAGGUCAACUGACAACACUAAAGACUGUAGCUGUAUUUUUUGAUGCUUCCAAGACUUAAACAGCUAAUAAAACAGUGUCCACAGAUUUUGGUCAUACACCAGCUCACAGUUUCCCUCUCCUGUAUGAUAAUUAAGAUGUCCUUAACCAAUUUCUCUGACUGCAAUGUGUAUUCUGAAAUGGAGCCAUUUACUUAUUUUUAUUACUUGAUCUUUCUUAUUGGGUUCAUCGGAAGCUGCUUUGCCUUGUGGACCUUCACAAAGACAGAAGAGAACCGCAAAUGCAUGAGUGUUUACUUAAUUAACCUCCUCACAGCAGAUUUUCUGCUGACCCUUGCCUUGCCAGUGAAAAUUGUUGUUGACUUAGGAGUUGCCCCAUGGAGACUGAAAAUAUUCCACUGCCAAGUAACAGCUUGCCUCAUCUAUAUCAACAUGUACUUAUCAAUCAUAUUCUUGGGCUUUGUAAGCAUGGACCGUUGCCUUCAGUUAAUACACAGGUGCAAGAUCUAUCGUAUCCAGGAACCUGGUUUUGCCAAGAUGAUAUCAGCAGUAGUCUGGACAAUGGUUCUCUUUAUCAUGGUGCCCAAUAUGGCAAUUCCAAUCAAAGAAAUCAAAGAAGCACCGACUGUGGGCUGCAUUGAUUUCAAAACAAAAGUGGGAAGAGACUGGCAUGUAUUUACCAAUUUUAUAUGUUCUGCAAUAUUUCUAAAUUUUUCAGCCAUGGUGUUGAUUUCUAACUGCCUCACAAUCAGAUUACUCUAUCAAAACAAAUACAACAGAAAUUAUCACAAUGUGAAAAAAGCUCUAGUGAACAUACUCUUAGUCACUGCAGGUUACAUAAUAUGCUUUGUUCCUUACCAUAUUGUUCGGAUUCCAUAUACUCUGAGCCAAAGCAAAGCUAUAGCCACGGACUGCUCUCUCAGACAAUCCCUCUUCAAAGCUAAGGAAUCCACACUGCUGUUUGGUGUAUCAAAUCUCUGUUUCGAUCCUAUUCUGUAUUUUUAUCUUUCAAAGACAUUUAGACUGAAAGUAACCAAGACUUUUGUAUCAAGUAAAGAUAAACGAAUUCUCCCAAAUAAUUGGGAAAUGGAUGGAGAACAAACAGAGAAUGAUGACAUUUCAACUAAGUGACUCCAGAUUUUUCCAGAAGAUCAAUGUACUGUACAUUAAAAUAUA